AUGCGAAAGUUGGAAUGGGACGACAUGGGAGUGAAGGUUGAUGGUCGGCAGCUACACCAUUUGCGCUUUGCUGAUGACAUCGUACUGAUAACACCUAGCAUCAGCCAAGCGGAACGAAUGCUGACCGAAUUCAACGAAACAUGUGGAUGCAUCGGUCUUCAGCUGAAUCUACAAACGACGAUCUUCAUACGGAUGCCCUCUCGGAUGCCCCAUUCAUGCUCAACGGAACGAACAUAUGAAUGCACUAGCUACGUUUAUCUGGGUCGGGAACUAAACAUGAUGAACGACCUGACCCCCGAGCUGGGCAGGAGGAGACGAGCGGCUUGGGGAGCGUACAAGAGCAUCGAGGAUGUAGUGAAGAAGACCAGGAACACCCGGCUCUGUGCUCACCUCUUCAACGCCACCGUACUUCCUGCUUUGACCUAUGCUUCGGAAACUUGGGAAUUUCGCAAGCAGGAAGAAAACGCGGUGAGCGUCAUUGAACGCGCAAUUGAGAGAGUGAUGCUAGGAGUAUCCCGUUUCACGCAAGUGAGGGACGGGAUUCGAAGUCCUCUCCUACGUCAGCGAUCGAAGAUUAGAGACGCCGCCGCGUUUGCCAAGGAAAGUAAAAUAAGGUGGGCCGGACACGUGAUGCGCCUUAAUGACAACCGUUGGACCAGAGCCGUGAGCGACUGGGUUCCCCGCGAUAUUAAGCGCACUACAGGAAGACCGCCGACCCGAUGGUCAGAUUUCUUCACGAAGUCCUUCAAAGAAAAAUAUGAUGCUCUUCGUGUCCCACGCGAAAGGAGGAACCACUGGGCUACUCUGGCACGCGAUCGGGACAAAUGGAAGAAUUACUGGCGCCCGCUCGAACAGUUCGAAGAUCAACGGGAGUCAAGGUGA